AUGAAGAGUAGCUCUUGGCAGCAGAAAGAGCUCGCAUUUCUCAUCCUGUACGCCGUCGGUUUCUACGCAAUCGUCAUUCGUCGUUCUCUCCAACUCUCCCGCGAUCAUUACUCCAAUCUCUAUGGUUUGCGCCCUGGAUGGAUUCCUCAUCGACUUAACGACGGUUCUGAUGCCCAAUGGAGAAAUUUUCGUGGGAACUUACCUAUUCUCACCAUGGUGUUUGGGAUUUUCACAGUGGUUGCCUGCAUGUUCAGAGCAUUAUAUUGUUUGAAGGCGAAGGGGAUGUCAAUUGUCUGGCUUCUGAUUUCUAUGGCUUAUUUAUCAUAUCUACAUGGAGCCUGUGUCAUAUUUAUCCUCGCUAUUGCUUCAGCUAAUUUUCUUCUAGUAAAGAUAUGUGGAAGGACAAAAUACUUCUCAUUUGCACUUUGGAUUUUCAACCUAUCUUUUCUUCUAUGUAAUCGCAUUUAUGAGGGAUAUCCAUUCUCCAGUUUUGGGCAAAGCUGGGCUUAUUUGGAUAACUUUCGGGGUACCUUCAGAUGGCAUAUUUGCUUUAAUUUUGUUGCUUUGCGAAUGAUAAGCUUUGGAUAUGAUUACCAUUGGGCUGAUCAAUACAAUCGUUUUGAUCAAAAGAAGCACAUUCAACGCUGUGUGUACUGUUCAUCAGGCAAGACAUGCUACCUCCUAUUACAGGAGAGAAGUGUCCCAAAUGACAGGUUUUCAUUUUCAAUAUACUUGUGUUAUUUGGUGUAUGCACCGCUUUACAUUGCUGGACCAAUUAUUAGCUUCAAUGCGUUUGCUUCACAGUUGGAAACUCCCCAGAAAAAUUACUCAUCUCGAGGAGUGGCCUGGUAUGGUUUGCGUUGGCUAUUUAGUCUUUUCCUAAUGGAAUUGAUGUCACAUUUUUUCUACUACAAUGCAUUUUCCAUCAGUGGUGUGUGGAAACAGCUGUCUCCCAUGGACAUCUUUAUUAUUGGAUAUGGGGUUCUAAACUUCAUGUGGCUAAAGUUUUUCCUCAUCUGGCGCUACUUCCGAUUCUGGUCACUGAUCAAUGGCAUUGAGGCUCCUGAGAAUAUGCCAAGGUGUGUAAACAAUUGCUACAACUUGGAAAGUUUUUGGAAGAAUUGGCAUGCUUCGUUCAACAAAUGGCUUGUUAGGUAUGUUUAUAUCCCUCUUGGAGGAGCUCGAAAGAAGCUGCUAAAUGUAUGGGUCAUCUUCACAUUUGUUGCCAUAUGGCAUGAUUUAGAGUGGAAGCUUCUUUCAUGGGCAUGGUUGACAUGUUUAUUCUUCAUACCAGAAAUGCUUGUCAAAUCAGCAGCAAAUGCCUUUCAGGUGAAGGGUGCUUUCGGGGGAUUUGUUUUUCGUGAGCUUAGAGCUGUCUCUGGUGCAGUAACUAUAACUUGCCUCAUGGUGGCAAAUCUUGUUGGUUUUGUAAUUGGGCCAUCAGGCAUUAAUUGGUUGGUUUCUGAAUUCCUCCACAAAGAAGCAUUGCCUAUUCUUGGUGGCAUGUUUGUCUCUUUCUACGUUGGAACCAAGCUUAUGUUUCACAUUUCUGAUGCUAAGCAACGGAGGGGUCAGAUAAGAUGA